AUGAAAAUUCUCUCCAUAACAAUGAAUAAUGUAGUAAACGCUAAGCGAAAGAAGCCCUUGUCGCCAUUUUCUCAGAACAUUGGUUUCCCGAUGGAAAUUGGAGGGCAGAUCAAGUCCGAGCCGCGAGAUUCACCGAGCAACAUGCGCAGUCCGCCUCAACACGUGUACCCGCCUUACGAACAUGAACCCGUCCAGCCUUGGCCAAUGGACAUGCCUCCGUCCUUAAACAUGGCGGGCCCGAGUCAAGUGAACCAGUACGCGGGCCAGGGCAUGACUUGGAUGGACCAGAGCUAUUUACAAGCUCAGCAUCUGCAGCCCAGCUCCCCGAUGCAGGCGAUGUCGCCGCACAUGCAGCCAUUGUCACCACACAUGCAGCCACUGUCACCACACAUGCAGCCACUUUCGCCACACAUGCAACAGUUGUCACCCAUGGGACACUCUCCCCUGUCUCCAGCCAUGGGCCACGCCUCGCCGGCUAUGGGACACAUUUCCCCAGGGUUGAAUCACGCUCAAGGGCAAUACGUCCAGAGCAUCGACCAGCAGAAUCUUAUUCAGCAGGAUAUGGAUGUGACAUCCAACAGCACACCGUCCAUCUCCAAGCUACUAGAAGUUCAAGGUCAGGGUGAAGAAAUACGCCUGAGCUCCGACCUCUCCUUUCCUAUGUGUGGCGCGGACCUCAGUGAUAGUUUGAAGGAACUUUCGACCAAAGACUUGCUGGAUAACACGGAGUGGCCUCCUCACGGCGGUGGCUAG